UAGAAACCUGUUACAAAUGCAAAUUCUUGGGCCCCAAAUAAAAUCUGAUAUUCUAGGGCCUGGUAACUGUUUUAAUAAACACUUUAAUAAAGUGUUCUGAUGCACCCAAAUGUUAUUAGAACCACUAGCAUAGAGACCCAGGACCCGGGGUAGCUUGAAGGUGGUGAAUAAUAGCUCUUCAAGUCUGCAAUAAAAAAUGGCCCUCAGUAAAACUACAUUGCAAAAAAUGGGAAAGACACAGAAUGGAAAAAAAAAAGUAGAAGAGGCGGAGCUUGAAAAAUUUGUGGUAGAAAAAGUACUGGACCACUGUGUAGUGAAUGGGAAGGUGGAGUAUUUCCUGAAGUGGAAGGGAUUUACAGACGCUGACAGUACUUGGGAACCUGAAGAAAAUUUAGAUUGUCCAGAGUUAAUUGAAGCAUUUCUUAAUUCCCAAAAAGCUGGUAAAGAAAAAGAUGGUACUAACAGAAAAUCUUUAUCUGACAGUGAAUCUGAUGAUAGCAAAUCAAAGAAGAAAAGAGAUGCUGCUGAUAAAACAAGAGGCUUUGCCAGAAGUCUUGAUCCUGAACGAAUAAUUGGUGCCAUGGACAGCAGUGGAGAAUUAAUGUUUCUCAUGAAAUGGAAAGAUUCAGAUGAGGCAGACUCGGUGCUGGCAAAAGAGGCAAAUAUGAAGUGUCCUCAAAUUGUAAUUGCGUUUUAUGAAGAGAGACUAACUUGGCAUUCUUGUCCAAAAGAUGAAGCUCAACAAUUGUUUGUGUUGUUUUAUAUAUAUAUAUAUAAUAUAUAUAUAUAUAUAUCUUUGUUUUUUGAUUUGUUGGUGUGAAGAAAUAAUAUUUCAUUAGAAAUAAUAUUCUAAUGAAAAUCAAGUUUGAUAUGUUUGUUUUGAAGUAGUGUUGGAGGAG